CCGGUGUGCGGCGGGGCGGCAUUUCCUGGCGGCGGCGGCAGGAGGAGGAGGAUGGUGCUGCUGCACGUGCUGUUCGAACAUGCGGCCGGGUACGCGCUGUUCGCCGUGCGGGAGGUGGAGGAGAUCGGGCUGCAGCUGCCGCAGGUGGAGGACAGCGUCCUCACCAUCGGCAAGUUCCACAACAUGGUGAAGCUCGUGGCGUUCUCGCCGUUCCGGUCGGCGCAGAGCGCCCUGGAGAACAUGAACGCCGUGUCCGAGGGGGUCCUGCACGAGGACCUGCGGCUGCUGCUGGACACGGCGCUGCCCCCCAAGAGGAAGAAGGUGGUGCUGGGGGUGGGCGACGCCAAGAUGGGGGCGGCCGUGCAGGAGGAGCUGGGGGUGCAGUGCCAGACCGGGGGUGUCGUGGCUGAGCUCCUGCGGG